UAGGGUUAUGGUUACAAUGUUAUUGUUUUCUAGUUUAUUAAUUAUUUGUUGUUAAUUUAGUUUUAUUGUUAUAUUAAGCGAUUAAGGACCGUUUUCUAUUAAGGAAGUGUAAUUAUAGUCAUACUCAAUAAGGCACAUCAUCCAGAAUGGAUCAAGAACAACCACUGAUAGAAUUAUUCAAAAUUGAAAAUUUAAACGUAGAUUACCAAAUGGGGCCCGAGGAAGAUGAAGCGAAUGAAAGUGACGAUGAAUUCUAUGAAACGUUUCAGUUAAAAGUCGAAAAGUUAGACCCUGAUGUGGAAAUUGAAGAAAACUUUGAUGAAAUAUACCGACCUGAAGAUCACCAAAUAGAAUUAGUAGAAGAAGAGGAAAUCUACCCCUGCAUCAUUUGUAACUUUCAAAGUACGUCUCUGAAGGAUAUAACAGAACACCUGUCCACCCACGAUAGAACCGGCAGAUUCCAGUGUCAGUUUUGCGACUUCCAAUCGAAUACAAAAAACGACUUUAACACCCACCUGAGAAAACAUCGUUACAAGUCAAGAAAACUUCAAAAUAUCGAUGCCGCCUUCAAAUGUAAAGAAUGUUUAUUCGAAACGCAACAUUGUCAUUCGCUGAAAAGACACUAUUUGCGUCACAAACCGCCGCAAGAAGAAAACCUGUUCCGUUGCUACCAAUGUCCUUACACGUCUCGUUUUAAGCACAAUUUAAAAGUUCACGUGCUACUGCAUACAGACGGUAAUUACCAAGGAGGGUCUUCCAGAGAACCGGCUCCUUACUACGAAAAAUCAUUUUAUAACCAUUAUGAUUACAAGUUCAUUUCGAGCGAUGGAAAAAAAUGCCUUCUGUGCGGAUUCACAUCGAGUUAUCCUAAUUACGUGAAAAAACAUAUGCGCCGAAAACAUGCAUCCGAAAUGGGCAUCGAAACUAAAUCCUUCCAAUGCUUUCAUUGUACAUUCGAAACGAAAAUUAAAUAUUCGCUACAGACGCAUUUAUUCCGAGUUCAUCAGAAGGGAGUCGCCUUACCCUCGAAAGAAAAGACGAAGAAAACCCCAUUGAAAAAAGGCGACCGGUACAUAUGUGAGAUUUGCAACUUUAAAUCGUUUCACAUCAGCGAAGUGGAGGUGCACAAGUUGAGCCACGAUAAUAUCGAGCAUUCUGACGUGUUCACAUGUAAAUUGUGCAAUUUUAAAAGCAUUUAUAAGAGUUGCAUGAACAGGCAUAAGCUUAUACAUUUACCCAACAAGGGGAAACGGUUUAAGUGUGACCUGUGCAAGUAUUCGGCUAACAGAAAAGAUGAAAUGAAAGGGCAUAUUCUUAGGUGCCACAUCAAGGAAAAAGAGAAAGAAGAAUGGUCAGAGGAAAUAAGUUAAUUUUUUUUUAAGCAAACCUGUUUAUCCGAGGAGUGAAUUAGUUUUGGUUGGAAGUUGAUUGGAAAAAUAAACCAAACUGCUGUAGGUUGCUUCUAAGAACUUCCUAUUUCUCUAGUGUUGCUACUUACAAGGAAUCUCCACUUCAGCCUUAUGGAUUGACCACUGGUUUAGAGACUUCUUGUUGUUCCAUCUCCAAUGCGCUGUUGUUUUCCUUUCCAAAGUACUUGCAAACGUCUGAGAGAAGGCACUGCUGCACAGUGUUGCGCCUAAUGGACAAAAGUCCAAAAAUAAUAGUCGGUCGAUAAUAAAAUUAAGUACCGUACUAUUUACAAAAUAGCUGCAGACACUUAUCACAAAUAUUUUUUUUUUUAUAAAAUGCGUGUAAACAACGCAACGGAGCUCCGAAACUUUAUCAUUUAAUUUGUUUAUUUUGUCGCCAUAUAAAAUACCCACACUUUAAAAUAAGUAUUUCUCCGGUUCUGUGCGUAUAAGUAGAAAAUAUUAUAUUGUGUUAUAGUGACCAAAGGUGCUUAGUUACAUAUAGGUAUGUACUGAUUUAUACUCACUUAUUUAAUAUAUUAAAUACUAAAUAAAUGAAAAAAUAGCAAUAUUUUAAUAUUAAGCUAUCUUUGAGAAAACUUUUAAAAAAAUGUCCGCAUAUGUCCUCGACAAUUUUUUGUAUAUUAGUACCUCAACUAGUGUACUUUAUUACACUAUGUUGUUUUCCUGCCCCAAACUGCCCCUUUUUUAGUUCUUAUUUUUUUUAGAUAUGGCUUACACUAUACCAAAAAGAGUUUUAUUUGAAGAAUGGUUGGUAAGCAAUCAAAAUGAUAAGGAAAAAAAUAUUUUUUUGAAAAUCAAAUCAAUAUUAAAUCUUGAUGAAGAUAUCUGCAGUGAAACAGAAAGCCAUUUAAUUGACCAAAGUCAUUUGUUUUGUAUAAAAAUGAAGGAUUUAUGGCAGAAAAGUCAUCGAACCCGCAGCCAGUUAGAAAAAAAUCACAGCCAAUGGCUAAGUGGAUCUAUCACUGUUGAUAUAACUGAAGUUAACCAAGGGCUUUCACUUAGUCAUGUAGAAGAAAGAAACUUAGUCGGAAGGCCUCGAAAAUCAUUCGAAGACUCUUCUUUAAAAACAAAGAAACGGAGAGUAGAGCCUUUGCUAAAAAACUAUACCGUUGAAGAAUUGCGUUUCGCUACAGAACACUGUAUGGAUUCUUCUAAUGAAAAAUUUUCUUCUGAAAAAAAAUGUUUGAGUACUAAGCAAGCACUGGCUCUUUUUUAUGAUAUUGAUCUGUCAGUUAGAAAAUACAACACUUUACGUUCUGUUGUAAAUGCGCUACAUCCUGAUUGCUUCCCGAGUUACCGUGCCUUACUGCAAACAAAAAAAAAAUAUUUACCUAAUAAUAUUACCGUAACAGAAAUAUCUGCAGAAGUUGGUCUUCAAGAAUUGUUACAAAAAACAACAGACAGUAUCCUUAAUAUUUCAAAUUUAAAUAUUUGUCAAGUGUUCAAUCUAAAACUUAUUUGUAAGUGGGGUUUCGAUGGCAGCUCGGGACACAGUCUAUAUAAGCAAAAAUUUGAAUCGGCAUCUAAUACAGAUGAAUAUAUGUUUUUAACAGCAUUGGUUCCAAUAAAAUUAGUUGAUAGCUGCAAUAAUGUAAUCUGGUCUAACCCAAAAACAAAUUCUACGUUUUACUGCAGACCCAUCAAGUUCGCUUUUAUAAAAGAAAAUCCUGAAGUUGUUCGUCAAGAAGAAAAUGCCAUGGUUAUGUCUGUAAACGAGUUGAAAGUUUAUACUACUUCAAUUGAAAAUAAAGAUUUAAGUAUUUCCUACGAGAUGAUUUUGACUAUGUUUGAUGGAAGUAUAGCAAAUAUUUUGUCCGAAACAAACUCAUGUUCAAAAUGCAUCAUUUGUGGAGCCACUCCCAAAGAAAUGAACUCUGAUACGGUUUUAGAUAAAUCUCCAGUAACCCAAAACUAUCGUUUUGGCAUAUCAACUCUCCAUUGCUGGAUCAGGUUCUUUGAGUGUUUGUUGCAUAUUGCAUACCGGUUGCCAAUUAAAACUUGGCAAGUGAAAGGCGCAGAAAAUAAAGCAAUUACAGAAAACACAAAAAGGACCAUCCAGGAGAAUUUUAAGAGCAAAAUGGGUCUUAUAGUUGAUAAGCCAAAGCCAGGAUAUGGCUCCACAAAUGAUGGCAAUACUGCCAGGCGUUUUUUUCAAAAUCCUGUUUUAAGCUCUCAAAUAACCGGAAUCGAUAAAGAACUAAUUGAAAAAUUUCAUUUAAUUUUAAGAAUUUUGGCGUCUGGUUGUAACAUCGAUAUAACCAAUUUUCGCAUUUUGCUAAAUGACACUCGUAGGUUAUACUUACAUUUAUAUAGCUGGUACUAUAUGCCACGUUCGGUGCACAAAGUUCUUGUGCAUGGCUGUGACAUAAUUGAUUUUUUUGAAUUGCCUAUUGGGCAACUUGCGGAAGAUGCUUUAGAAGCAAGACACAGAAUUCAGAAAAAUCAGAUUAUGUAACAGCCGAAAAACUUCACGGGUAAAUGCCAACACCGAUAUAAUUUCAACUCUUUUACUGACCUCUGACCCAGAAUUAUCUUCUUAUAGACAAUCUACUAAAAAAAAUAAAAAUAUUUUGUAUGAUAAUAAAAUAAAAGAGUAUAUAAUUAUUGAGAAUUCUCAGAACACACUGGUAGAAUCUGUUUUUGGCUUAGAGCUAUCUAGUUCCUCAAGUAGUGAUGAUGAUCAGUCUGACUAGAUUUUUGACUUAUUUUUCUGAACUUUUUGUCAUUUAUGAAAAAUAGAGGUAAUGUAAUAUUUAGUACACUGAAGACUUGUUUUUUUUUUCAAUAUUUUUAAGCAAAUACUUUUGUUUAAUUUGUAGUGUGUAAUAUUUAGCAUAUAAUUAUUGAAAGCUUGUUUUUUGAGCAAAUACUUUUAUUUUAUUGUUUGUUAUGAGACAAAUAUAAAUUAAUUCAGUUAUUUUAUUAUUAAUUGCUUUUCUAAUUUGGGCGAGGAAAGUUGUGAGCAAACUCUUCUUGUUAUAUUUUUAACAUUAUUUUAGUAAAAAACUUCAAAAGAGUUAAAAAAAAUAAAAUACAAAGUUUACUUUUUUAUUUUAACAGCUUAUUUUAAUUUUGUCCAAUUACCCCUAUACCACGCAACACUGUGUGCUGGUGCGUACUGAGAUUCUUGGAAGAACACAAAUUGAGUUUUACCUAGAUUGGUUUAUUUCUUGGAGUUUAACAUUCGUUGACAAUCAAGGGAAUUGGAGGACAGAAGAGUGAAGCUGAUUGAGUUAUAGUAUUGUAGGCAACUCAGGUAAUUCGGUACUUGAUUGACCAUCAAAGAUCGAGUGAAGUUCUCCAAAAUUUUGGCGAUUAAAAGAUUGGCUAUUAAAUUCGUUAAUCAAUAUACACGUCUGGUGAACUCAGUGCGGAAAAAUUAUUGUCGUUUUUUCUUUAACUCGAGGCUUUGCUUCGGAUUUUCGGUUGCAUGUCAAAAUGUGCGCACCGAAGAAAGACAUGACCAGUCGUGUACACACAACCAAACUUAUAUGGAAUCACCUUGUAUUAAUACGAAAUAUUUUAGUAAGAUAUUUUUUGUUGCAAGCAAUAAAAAAGUACAAGUAUUUACUCUCAAGGACAGGCAGAUUAAUAAUAAAUAAUAAUGUUUUACCUAGCAGUGUCGAUUUUACUGUUUCACUUGCAAGUCGCAUCAAAUUUAUAAUUUAUUUAUUUUUGAAAACUAAACAAGAACGCCAUACAUUGGGCUAUCGGUUAAGUUUAGAGGGGAAGAAUUAUUGCUCUGGCAGAACAAGGCAUGUCACAAAGGCAGAUAGCUAGAACGGUGGGGGUUACACAAGGUGUUGUUUCAAAAACAUAUUCAAGAUUUCUGGAAUUGGGAACCUUAAAAAACAGACCAAGGAGAAGUCGUGAAAGAGCAACUACUGAAGGGCAGGAUCGCUUUUUAGCUCAAAUAGCAACAAGAAAUCCCACAACAUCUCAUCCAGAGCUUCAAAGGCAACUUUUACAAGCUACGGGUGUGAGUGUUUCUGUCGAAACUAUUAGAAGAAGACUUCGCGCUCGGGAAUUAUUUAGCAGAAGACAUUUAAGGGUUCCAGAACUUUCAAGGCAACAUAAAAUUUACCGUUUAAAUUGGUGUUUGGAGCAUGAAAAUUGGGAUAUUGAAAAUUGGAAAAAUGUUCGGAUGAAACCAGAAUAGGACUACGACCCGAUGACCGGCGGAUUCGCAUUUUAAGAGGUAGAGGGAGACAAGCUAGACUUCGUGCUGCCAAACCUAUCCCGAAAUACAAAGGAGGUACUGUAAUGUUUUGGGGUGGAAUUAUGAUUGGUGAAAGAACUCCUUUAAUUCCAAUUCGACAAACCCUAGCAGGUCAAAGGUAUGUAGAUUUGGUAUUGCAACCUGUAGUUAGGCUCUGGCGAGGUGGUUUUGGCAAUUUUUUUUUAUUUAUGCAAGAUAAUAUCCCUCCACAUACCAGCAGAGUUGCAAAAUGUUUCUUAGAAACGGAAGGUAUUGCCGUUUUAGAGUGGCCUUCUUGCUCACCGGAUCUUAAUCCUAUAGAGCACUUAUGGGAUAAGAUAAAAAGAAAGAUUAGAGCUUGCCAGAAUGCUCCUGGUAACACUAAGCAACUUAUUCAAGCGGUUUUAGAGGAAUGGACAAAUGUUCCCCAAGAAGACAUUGACAAUUUGAUAAAUAGCAUGCCUCGUCGAAUUCGUGCUUGCAUCGAUGCUAGAGAUGGCAAUACUGAUUAUUAACAUUUAAUUUUAAAUUAACUUUCUUGUUAAAUUGUCAUAUUCAGAAAAAUCAUUUUUAUAGAAAUCUACACUUUUUGUUUUUUGUUCUAUUAUUGUAAAAAUUGUAAUCAGUUUUAUUAUUUUUUUUAAUAAACUUGGUUUUGAAAAAGUGCCCUUUAAUCCUCAAUGACUAUUUUUUAAAAUAAAUUCCAUUUUGCGAAAUUACUGGGUGAUUCCAUA